CUACGGAGCUUGAAUGUUCUGAUAUCAGUUUGCGAACUGUGUUUUUUCUUUCUCCCUUUCUUUUCUUCACUAAGUGAGAAGAGGUUGCGAUGGUGAAAGAGACAAAGGGUAAUGUUAGCAGAGUGAUAAGUAAUGGCGGAGGCAUGGAAGCGAACACCUUGGCGAUCCUCGACGCCAACGACGCCAAACAUACCAUCGACGCUAACGAAGAUCGCUUGCAGUAUCUGGAAGCUGUUCGUGGCGCAUCACUUUUACCCGGAACCGGAAUUCCUCCAACCAACAAAAUGUACCAAGCGAUUUUCCGGAUAUUGAGGUUCGGAAGAACUUUGGAACUCAUAGUGGCAAGUUUCCAGCUUUUGACCGAGCUACAUAAGCGGUUUCCCUGGGUUUAUAUGUCUGAUUCAACUGCUGCUGAUGGGCAACGUCAAUUAGAAAUAGUUGAUGAGGCUUGGUCACCGUUUGAUUUUGGAAGCGGUGUUGAUUCUGGUGACAAAGAAAUAUUUGUAACAAGCUCAGGGUUUCAAAAGCUGAUUCAAGAUCUGACUGAGGCUGGUAAUGGAAUUGAGUCUCAGGAAUUAGAUACAAAGGUCUUGGGAAACAUGUUGCUGUUUCAGUUUCUUGUUAAUGUACUUGAGGAGGAUUUCACACCUCGAAAUCGGGUGUAUAAAGAAACCAUGAACUGGAAUCUUUUAAAGGAGUCUUCACUGAACCUGCUUCUGGCUUCAAGAAAAAUAAACUUCAAACUCCUGAUGAAGGAUUGCUUAUCUACAGUGUGUACACCGUGCAUUGAUGAUGCUGUGACAGACAGCAAUGAAGACCCUGAGUGUUCAGUCAAGAACAGCAACACUUGCCUUGAAAUUAGUUUAGUUGAGAGAAAGAAGAGUACACUCUGUGCUAUGAAGAAACUUAUAGUAACGAUUAUGGAACUUGACGUAUCAAAGCAGAAAGCAGAUCUAGAGGGAAUUACUACAAGAGGAGACAGCGUAAGAACUCCUGCUCUGGAUUUAAUCGUCAAUGAGCUAGCUUAUGAUGAAUACUUGUUGUCGACUUUCCUUCAGGUUUUCGAUGAUCCUAAAUGGAAGCUAGACAUCAUUCUCCAAUACCUUGCGAAAUACAUUCACAAGCCGUCCGUUCGUACACGCAGAUCAAACAGUCCUCCAGCAGAGGAUUCAACAACUCUUGGAGGAGUCUUGAAGUGCUUGUCGAAUGGGACAACUGCAAGGAGCAUUACCAGAAAGAUCGGAGCUGAUAUCAUUCAGAUCCUCAUCGGACACGCAUUUCUUGCUUGGUUGGCAUCAAAUUCAUUUCAGCAAGAAAAAGAUGCUUCGGAACCUAAAGAAGGCAAUUCUGUAACAGACAUGUGCAGUAGUGUUAUAGCGGUCUUUACAAAUCUGAAACAAAUGGACAGGAAAAUCGAGAUUUUACCAUUUGGAAACGAAGCACUGUUUACCGCUAUAACAAUUCUCAACUCAGGAAAAUCCUAGGAUGGAUGACCAAAUGCAUGAUUCAGCAGAUCUACAGGCUACCAUUAGAAGAACAAGGAAAAUAAUUAACUUGUAAUGUAUGCUCUCAUGGUAGAGUGAACACUGUAAUGUUUUGCAUGAAUAUCUAUCACAAUGUAUCUCUUAAAUGAAAGAUGUACCGAAAAAGUUUUCCAGACAAACAAGCUGACUAGCAAUCUUAUGAUUCUGUUGGCGCCUUUGCCUCA